AUGGAUGCAGAAGAAUUUCGACAACGAGGAAAAGAAAUGGUUGAUUUUAUUGCUGAUUAUUUAACAAAUGUUCGAUCACGACGUGUAUUUCCAAAUGUGAAACCAGGUUAUAUGCGACCAUUGAUUGAUGCUGAAGCGCCAAGACAUGGUGAACCAUGGGAAAAUAUUUUUAACGAUAUCGAACGUGUAAUCAUGCCCGGAGUUACACAUUGGCAAUCUCCUUAUAUGCAUGCUUAUUUUCCAGCUUUGAAUUCAUAUCCAUCAUUACUCGGAGAUAUGCUAGCAAACGGUUUGAAUCAAAUUGGAUUUACUUGGGCAUCAAGUCCAGCAUGCACUGAAUUAGAAACAGUUGUUAUGGAUUGGUUAGCAAAAAUGAUUGGUUUGCCAGAUGAUUUUCUACAUUCACAUGCAGAUACAACAGGUGGAGGAGUGAUUCAAACAACGGCUUCUGAAGCAACACUUGUUGCAUUACUUGCUGCUCGAAAGGAGGCUAUUCAUCGAGUCCAAGCUCAAUUUCCUUAUUUAAGUCCAGCUGAAAUCAACGGACGCCUUGUCGCUUAUUGUUCUGAUCAAGCUCAUUCAUCAGUCGAAAAAGCUUGUCUUAUUGGGCUGGUUAAAUUAAACCUUGUGCCCAGUGACGAUAAAUUACGUUUACGUGGUAAUGCAUUACGGCAAGCCAUUGCUAAAGAUAAAGAAAAUGGUCUUAUUCCAUUUUAUCUUUGCGCCACAUUGGGUACUACAGGAGCUUGCGCUUUUGAUAAUCUGGUUGAACUUGGUCCGAUCUGCCAACGAGAAAAUAUAUGGAUACAUGUCGAUGCAGCUUAUGCUGGAAGUGCUUUGAUUUGUCCGGAAUUUCGACAUUUGAUGAAUGGUAUUGAAUUAACACAGUCGUUUGCAUUUAAUCCAUCAAAAUGGAUGAUGGUUCAUUUUGAUUGUACUGCUAUGUGGGUAAAAUCGAGUGCAGCAUUGCAUCGAGCAUUUAAUGUCGACCCGUUGUAUCUGAAACAUGAAAAUGCAGGUGUAGCCAUUGAUUAUAUGCAUUGGCAAGUACCAUUGAGUCGACGAUUUCGCGCUUUGAAACUCUGGUUUGUAAUUCGUUCGUAUGGUGUUGAAGGUCUUCAAAAACAUAUACGAAGUGGUGUUCGAAUGGGUUCAUUAUUUGAAUCGUUCGUUACAACUGAUGCUCGCUUUGAAGUAUCGGCUGAACGUCAUCUUGGUCUUGUUACAUUUCGAUUAAAAGGUGAAAAUGAAUUAACUGAACAGCUGUUAAAGGAAAUAAAUCGUGGCGGAUUAAUUCAUUGCGUACCUGCGUCGAUUAAAGGAAAAUAUAUAAUUCGUUUUACAGUAACAGCGACAUCAACUAAUGUAGAUGAUAUUAAACGCGACUGGAAUAUAAUACAAGAAUCAGCCAGUAAAAUUCUUCGGCCACUUGAUGGUUUAUCAUUACAAGAACGAAGGAAUCAAAUGAAAUAUCUACAUGAUGAUUUCCGCAUGUCGCUUGUUCUAUCGAAUACACCGCAUAGUCCGUGUUUGAUUAAUGGAAGUUUUGCUGCUAUACUUCCACUAAAUACAAAUCAUAUCUAUGCCAUGACACAUGAGUUAUGCCAGCGUGAUUUAAAACAUUCUCUUCUACCUAUAUCAAGACGAAAACGAACAAAAAAUAUUCUGAAUCAUUCAAAAAUUGAAAAACAAAUGAGUAUCGAUGGCCGGAUGAUACAUAGCGGACAAGAAAAUAAGUAUUUCUUUUCAUCAUUACCAAUUAGUCGUCAAGGAAGUUUAGAUUCGCAAAUUGAAGAAAUUUUAAAGAAUAACUCUAUGGAUGACAACAAUAAAACAUAUAAUGGGCCGACACUUGCAUCAGCGAAUGAUCAUUCUGAAAAUCAUCUCAAUAUACCAGCGAUCCAUGAAUAA